UGUCAAGUGGAGUUAAGUUGCCAAUCAAAUGGAUGGCCAUUGAAAGUAUAGAGGAUGGUAUAUUCACUGAAAAGACUGAUAUAUGGUCAUUUGGUAUUACAGUAUGGGAAGUGUUUAAUGGAGGGAAGACACCUUAUGGUGGGUUUUCACCAACAUGUGUUAAGACUAUGAUAUCUGAUGGAUACAGACUUGAAGCACCUUCAAAUUCAGCAUGCAAUGAUGAUAUAUAUCAGAAGACAAUGCUAAAGUGUUGGGAGAGGGAUCCUAAUGAGAGACCAACAUUUGCUCAAGUUGUGACAGAUAUUGAUACAUUGCUAUCAAACAGUGUUGGAUACUUGAACCUUACUAAAUAAGUCCAAUUGAAUAUUAUUGCAGGCUAUACAAGACACAUCCUAUACAUGCACAUGUACUGGUAUUGUAACUAUAUUUUGUAGUGUUAA